GACGUCAUCUCGUAAAAUGUAUAUUUCAUAAGGCGAUUAGAAGCUGCCUUGAUCUUUCAUCUAUUGUUUAACUGACAACUCCUGGAUUGGAAUUUUUCCGAUACUUUCUUACGGAACAUUUUAUUUUAUGGCAGGUGUAUCAGUCACAAGUUUCGACGAGAUCUAUAACGACAAAGUUACUGCCUAUUUGGAUCUGUCGGUUCAAAUUGGCGGCGAUGUAGCAACACAGGCUCAACUCGUAAAGAAAGCGUUUGCAACUCUGAGAGAGUUACUUUGUACUGCAGAAAGCAGUGCCAAACCAUCAGAUGCCAAUAUGCCAGGAGUACUAAAACCACUUGCAGAUUGCAUUCAAGCAGUUUCAAAUUUUCGUGACCAAAACAGAAAAAGCUCAUUAUUUAAUCAUAUAUCAACUGUAAGUGAAGCUAUUGGUGCUCUUGGUUGGGUUAGCAUGUCUCCAAAACCAGGGCCUUUUGCCAAAGACAUGGCUGAUGCUGGGCAGUUUUAUGGUAACCGUGUCCUAAAAGAAUACAAGGAAAAGGAUGAAGUUCAUGUACAAUGGGUGAAAAGUUAUCAAGGAAUUUGGACAGCAAUGAUUGACUAUAUUAAAAAACACCAUACAACUGGCUUAACAUGGAAUGCUAAAGGUAGUGCACCUCGUGCACCGGGAGGUGCCCCACCUCCUCCACCACCAGUUCAAGCCCCUGCUUCUGUGACAUCCAGUGGUGGUAGUAGUAAUGGCAACAGCCGAGCUGCCUUGCUUGAUGCGUUAAACCAAGGUUCUAAUGUAACAGCAGGCCUUAAGAAAGUUACCAAUGACAUGAAGACACACAAGAAUCCAACAUUACGAGGGAGUAGCAAAGUGCCCGGAAAUACUGGUGCUGUCAAGACUGGUAAAUCUACUGUUUUUGCUCCUAAGCCUUUUCAAGCCACCAAAUUGGGAACAUCCGUUACUCGACCAGUCAGCAUUAAGAAACCGCCCAAGAAGGAGUUACAAGGGGGGAAGAAAUGGAUUGUGGAAAACUAUGAAAGUAAUCGCAAUAUUGUAAUUGAAGAUACAAACAUUAAGCAAACUGUUUAUAUCUAUAAUUGCAAAGAUUCCACUAUUAUCAUCAAGGGAAAAGUCAACUCUGUCACUCUGGAUUCAUGCAAGAAAUCUGCUGUUGUGGUUGAUGAUUUGAUAGCUGCCCUGGAAUUUGUCAAUUGUCAAAGUGUACAAGCACAGAUUAAUGGUGAUAUUCCACUUGUAUCUAUUGAUAAAACGGACGGUAUUCAAGUUUACCUGAGUGCAAAGUGUAAAGAGGCUGAAAUAGUUACAGCUAAAUCAUCUGAAAUGAACAUCCUCCUUCCAAAUGCUGAUGGAGAUUUUAGUGAAUAUGCAUUACCAGAACAGUAUAAGUCACAAUGGAAUGGUAAAGGUUUUACAACGGUCCCAACUGAAUCUACAUAACUAGAUAUGAAUUGCUUGCAAUUGAAAUGAACAGAAUUGACAAUUAAUUCUUAUUGCAUAUUUUAUUCUUGUCAAAUUAAUCUUCAUUAAAAUUUUUGAUAUUUUUUGUAUGUA